AGACACCACAAUUAAUGUACAGUAUUCUUAUCCAUAUUUAUAAGUUGAGUAAAGCAAUAACUUGAGAAGCGUAAUAAGAGGAAGUUAGACCAUUUAUGCCUUCUAGGAAAAACAGAGCUUAUUUUUGUGGAAACAUAACCCCAUUUCCAAGCAAUCCAAACCAUUAGAUUUUAGCCUUUUUACCCAACAUUUUUCACACCAUUUUCUCUCUCCUCAAUCCCCAAUAUAAAUCAAAAACUAAAAAACCAACCAAACUGUCAACUUAAGCAACUUCCUCCUUCUUUCUUCUCCAAAGUCCAACUUUGUUACCCCUUAAAUCUUUUCUUUCAUUAUCAUGUCACCCGAUACAACCACAAAUGAUCUCCGUCAUCGCGGCCCUCCAUCGGGCCGUGAUCUCCGUAUCCCUCAACGGAUACUCUCGUCUCCGUCAUCAUCGUCGUCGCCGAAGAAGCCGAAACAGUCAAGGCAGUCCCCUAAGCCUACGAAAGUAAUGAGCAAAUGUUAUUCGGAGCCUCUGAUAUUUAAGGGUGUUGGUGACGGUGAUAGUGUUGUUGAUGAUAGCCGGAGUUUUGAUUCCGGCGAAAGUGGGUGGUUGACGCGGUUUCAUACGUUGGAUGAUGUAUUGUCUGGUACUUCUGACGCAAUUGACUCUCCUUUGUACCGAAUUAAUGCGGCGUAUGAGAAAGAUGCGAAGGUGUUGAUUACAGUGACCGUGGAAGGAAGUCCAGGACCGAUUAGGACCCUGAUUAAAUUGGGGACUAGUGUGGAGGAUACUAUCAAGCUGGUUGUUCAAAAAUACGGAGAAGAAGGCCGAGCUCCUCGUCUUGAUAAGGAUUCUGUUUCCUUUGAUUUGCAUGUUUCCUACUUCAGCCUCCAAAGUUUGGAAAGAUCAGAUGCAAUUGGGGAUGCAGGAAGCAGAACCUUUUAUCUUCGAAAGAACAACAAGUGUCGUGAAGGAAAUUUUGCAGAAGUUGCAACUACAACUCUUAGUGAUUCAGACAUGCAGUAUGACGAUGGCAACAGAAGCAUGCUUUCUCCGACUAAACAGCUAGGACCGCCUAUGGGGGGUUUCCCACCCUUUAUUGCACAAAGAAUGAACAAAUUUGAGCGAAGAUUGCUUAGGUUGCUCAAGAUAUUGGGCUGCCUUGAUUCGAAAUAAUCUAAAUACCUGAAACAAGUCAUGAAUAUCAUACGAAGCACAGUAUAAGUAAAGAUAAGUGCUUAGAGGAUACGGUGAAAAUAUAUCUAUACAUGCUUUUGAUUCUCCCGCAUUUUAGUAAGGGAAUACACAGCUUAAGGCACAUUGGUAACACUCAUCACGGAAUACUGCUGCUAUUGAUCAAAUUAUUUUAAAUCACGCAAAGUUAUUUGGCUUGAUCAUUCAAUUGUAUCCGAGCUGAGGGAAAACCGUCAGGAUGCAGCCAAAAAAAAGAGUAACUGUGAAUACAAGAAUUGUGGAUAGUUGCAGCUUGCAGAUGUAGUUUGUAAAAGUUGGAGUACUAGAAUAUUGGAAUAUAUAAUGCAGCUCAUUUGAUGACUUCCAUAUGAAAAUGAGUAUUGUAAUUUGCAUUACAUACAUACUGAUGCAAUUGUUAUGGACUAAACUCUGUACAUAAUAUUUUAAAUACUACAUGUGAGUGUGUGUGUGUAUGUGUGUGUGUUUUUGUUAUAUUCUCUUCCCCCUCCCUACAUUGAGAAAGGGAAAAAAAACAUGUGUAAUUUGUUUGUACUUAGGAUUUUUUUUUUCUUCAAUGUAAGUACGUAUAUUAGUAUA